UUCAAUACAAAACUAUCCAGACAGCCUAUUCUAUGUCUUGUCUACCGAAUGUUAGUUAACACGAUAUUACCAUACAGCGUGAAACUUUUUAAGAUAAUAUUUUAAACAUUUUUCAUGGAUUUGGUAUAGAAGAAUAAUCUGUUAAACAUAUUUGAUGCUAUUCAAAACGUUGGCUACACUGUUACAAGAUUCAGCUGACCCAGAAUUGGAACACCAGCAGAAGAGAACCUAGAUUGAUGCUGUAACUGUACCUUUUAAUGCAGUAACUUCAAUAACUCGUUAAUAUUAUCAUUCUUAUUUUUAUGUUUAUAUAUGUAUUUCUAUAGUGUAGAAGACAUCUGCGUAUUAUUACAUUGCUGCAGUGCGAUUAGACAACUUACAUUUUGAUAGUGAUGCUUCAAACCAUUUAUGAUAGUUGAAUCUGUUUUAAUUAAUACUACAAUGCAGAAGCAAAUAAGUUUUUAUUUUUUAACAAUAUAAUCACUAUUUAAAAUAUUAUUAUUUAGUUAUAUUAAGGAUUUGUGUUAAAAAAACAUGAGUGUCACUAUGGAACAAAACGGCAUUUUGGAUCCUGCAUUGAUUGGACUCUUAGAGUCUUUGGAAGAUUCAAGAGAUGCUAUAUCAGCUUCCAAAGAAGAAUUAGAAUUUUUAAGCAAUCUUUUACAGAGCAAAGAAUUGCAUGCUUUAUUUAAAGUAUAUAAUACUAUUGUGGACCGAGUACAAGAUGAUAGACGAUGUUCCCCUGUUCUGUCAAGUUCAAUGCAGACUACUCUGGAUGUUAUGGAAGUGUUAUUACCGAGAAUAGCAUUAAGUGAUAUUUCAAGACAAUUAUUCCAAUUAUUACAAAAUCCACAUAUGCAGGGAUUAUUAUGUGCACAUGAUGCUGUAGCUCAAAAAGAUUACUUACCUCGAUUACCUGAAAUUCCUCAAGAAAUGGAUGAAGAUGAAGAGACAAUCAAAAUUGUUCAACUUGUAAAAAGCACAGAACCUUUGGGUGCUACAAUAAAAACUGAUGAAGAGAGUGGGAAAAUAAUUAUUGCAAGAGUAAUGCAUGGAGGUGCAGCUGAUAGAUCUGGUUUAAUUAAUGUUGGUGAUGAAGUGUGUGAAGUAAAUGGAAUCAAUGUUGAAGGGAAAUCUCCUGCAGACGUGCUUCAAAUACUACAACACUCUGAAGGGACAAUUACAUUUAAGCUAAUACCAUCAGAUCCUAAAAAUGGAGCACGUGAAAGUAAAAUGAAAGUCAGGGCUCAUUUUGAUUUUAACACAGACGUUGAUCCAUACAUUCCAUGUAAAGAGGCAGGUUUAAGUUUUGUUAAAGGGGAAAUAUUACACAUUGUUAGUCAAGAUGACCCAUAUUGGUGGCAAGCUCGAAAAGAAGGCGAUCGAAAUAUGCGAGCUGGUCUUAUACCAAGUAAAUCGUUACAAGAACGUAAAAUUAUUCACGAAAGACUUUCUACAAAUGAUCAACAAAAAAAAAAAUGGGUCAUAGAUACAGCUAAUGGGGGUUGUAUAAGUGGGGGUAACAUAACAUGUAUGCCAGAUCGUUCAUCAAGCAAAGAUCCUUUAUGUGGAUCAUUUGCUGCUUUGAACGAUCUUGGUAGCGACAUGACUUCAGAAUGUUCGACACGAACUCGCGUUAAAAAAGUUAUCUAUGACACAGCUGAAAGUGAUGAUUAUGAUCGAGAAGAUAUUGCCACAUAUGAAGAAGUUGUCAAGUUAUAUCCAAGACCAGAACAACCUCGACCUAUAGUGUUAAUUGGACCACCAGGUGUAGGUCGAAAUGAGUUAAAAAGGCGCUUAAUGGAGCUUAAUCCUGAUAAAUAUCAUACACCAGUACCGCAUACUUCAAGAUCACCCAGACCUGGAGAGGUAAAUGGUAAAGAAUACAAUUUUGUAUCCAGAGAUUUGAUGGAAGAACAAAUAGCUAGAGGAGAAUUUUUAGAGUUCGGGGAAUACAAGGGAAAUCUUUAUGGCACAUCUUUAGAUAGUGUUAAAUCAAUUAUUAGUUCUGGACUUACCUGUAUAAUAAAUCCACAUCAUCAGGCAUUAAAAAUGCUACGUACACCAGAUAUAAAACCUUAUAUUAUUUAUAUCAAACCACCAGGAUUUGAUGUAUUAAAAACUACUAGAAAUACAGCAUUUGCUAUGUCAACAUUUGAUGAAACUAACUCUAGAGGUUUCACGGAUGAUGAGUUCAAUGAAAUUUUAAAAAGUGCCAAAAGAAUUGAAUUUUUAUAUGAUCACUGGUUUGAUGAAACCAUAGUAAAUGAUGACUUUAAAUUAGCUUUAGAACAAUUAUUAGAAGCGGAUAAUAAGUUAAAAACUGAACCACUAUGGGCACCUGCAUCAUGGUUGCAAUAAGAAAGAUUUCAAAAACAAUGCACUAUCAGUAUUUUGUAAAAAAUAAAACUAUAACACAUCAAUACCAAAGAUAAGACCAAAAUAGGAUCAAUAAUAUUAACUAUGAUUAAGAUUUUAUUUAUUCUAAAUAUAUAUAAAUAUUCUAGUCUUAUAAUUUUAAUUAGGUUAACAGAAAAAGGAAGUUAAUAUUCAUCAGUUAAUAAUUUGUAUUUUUAUGAAUAAUGGAAAGUUAAAAAUAAUUAAAUAGAAAAACUGAAUUAUUUA